AUGAGUAAAUUUUUCAAAUCAUUUACUAAUAAGUACUCGCCAUUGAGUCAAAAUGACAACGAGGAUGGAGCUCCAUUGCCACCCCCAGUCACUCAACCAGGUGCAGCACCAUCAAACCAAUCAUUCAAAACCAAACUACAACAAUUAAAUCCAUUUCGAUCCCAAUCAGUUUAUUUAGAAGAUGAUGAAAACUAUGUUACUUCAGAUCCAGGGAUGUUCGAGUUGCUGCGAUGGGAUAGAAUGUUAAUAUUUGCUCUUUGCUUUGCUGGGUCAGUAUGUUGUUAUUUGAUUUGUAUCUUUUUAUUCCCUAUAUUAUCAUUAAAACCAAGGAAAUUUGCCUUGAUUUGGUCAAUUGGAUCGAUUUUAUUUCUUGUUAGUUUCGGAGUAUUACAAGGAUUUAAAGCUUACAUGAUCUACCUUUUCCUGAGUACUCGAAUCAUUUUUACUAUUGUGUUUGGAGCCAGUAUUAUAUUGACUUUGAUAAGUAGUGUUUCGUUGAAAAGCACCUUAUUGUCCAUAAUAUUUGCCGUGAUUCAAUUGUUGGCAGCCUUGUGGUACACUGUUAGUUACUUCCCCUUGGGUAAACAAACAUUGAACUUGGCUGGUAAUGUGGCAAGAAGUCAGGUUGAUACUUGGAUUAGUUCAUAG